AUGCCGCGAUCUUCUUUUCGACUGACACCUGCCGAAUUAGGAUUGAGGGAUCUCCAGAAGCAGCAUACUGCACUGUCCAUCCAGCUGACUCAACUGCGCCAGUCUCUUCAGACGGCAGAGGAAGCUCUUCAGGUUGAAGGGUCAAAGCAGGAUGUGGAACUGCAGACUCUGAUAUCCCGAUGGCGGACUAUCGCUCAAGAGGCAGCAGAAGAGCUCUUUGCUGAUGCUAAAGAGAGAAUUGACCGUAUGGGAGGUGUUACCCAAUGGCGACGACAGCUCCAAGAGGACUCACGUCCGUGGAAGGACGAUAACACGAAGGCGCCCACUGGCAGACGGGCGGACGACGUUGAGGAGGUGGAGGAAAUUGACCAACCAGAACGUGUGGAUGGAGAGGGCGAUACCGAGCCUGAAGAGAACUGCUUCACCAUGGACAUGAUGCUCAAGCAAAUGAACAUCGAUUUGCAAUGCAUCGGCUUUGAUAAGCACCAGGAAUGCUGGAUAUGA